GGAACAGGUGCUGUUUUUGAUGUUUUUGGCAUCUCCUCUUGUGCUGCCAUGGACUAAGCGCCCCUCACGAGCACCUUGCCACCUCAGGUGUGAUGAGCUGACAGAUGCCUGAGCGUGGCCAAAGAGAAAGCCAUAGUCAUACAGAAGGCGAGGUCGUGAUUUUUGAAGGAACCUUCAGCUGGUGGGCAGCAUGGUGCAUGAUGAUAUGGGUACUUUGCUUCCUGGCGAGCACCGUCCUCAUGAUCCUCUCUACUCGCGGAUCCGCGUUUCAGAUCAUCUCCGAAGAGAUCUCCUAUGUCAAGGAGGUGCGCCCUCCAUACGGGCCAGAGGAGCAGCCCGUGGUGGAUGCGACCAUGCGGGAGAUCAAUCAAAUGUUUGCCUAUAGACUUCCCCAGACAGCGUUGUUCUACUCUUUGGCUGGGUCGUCCUUGGGCCUCUUCACUGUCUCCUACUUCUCGUCCUUCGUCUUGCUGGAGGACCAAGGUCCCAAGCGCGUCGUGGACAUUGGCUUCCUGAUCUCGAAGGGUGUCAAUGUGUAUAUGGGUCGGACGAUCCCCGUGAUUCUAGCACUUCUCUUCCUUGGCGGCUGGUAUGUGAUGGGAACUGCAGGCCCAAGAGCAGUUGCAUGCUUCGCCGUGGGAGCAGCCUUGAAUCUGUUAAGUGCACAGGUGGGCGUGAGCGUCACCGUGCAAGGGCAGACCCGUUUGGCCCAUGCACUGGGACUGGAGCUCUUUGAUGCUUUGCAGAUUGGAGUGAGGACGGGUUCCAUUGGAGGAUUGUUGGCGACUUCUUUGGCCCUCGGAGGUAUGGCUGGAAUGUGGCUGCUCAUCCAGGAUACAUUGUCUUUGUCUGGCUUUGGUUCUGGUGCAUCUAUUGUGUCCUUUGCCAUGCGAGUUGGUGGAGGCAUCUUCUCCAAAGGCGCCGACAUUGGAGCUGACUUGGUGAGCGACAUGGAAGAAGCUCGCUUCGAAGAGGAUCAGAAACUCUUCGAGUUGCAGAGGAAAAUGGCCGAGUUGGAGGAAGACCGCAAGGAGCGUGCAAAGCAUGGGCUUGAGGGAGAUGAUGAAGACAUGAUGGAAGAGCUGCGCAAGAUGGAGGAUCAAAUGCAAGACAUCGCAUCCCAGCUGCACCCCAUCGACUACUUUGACACGGUGGGUGAGGCCAUCAACGAUGUCUCUGGGACUUGCGCGGAUCUCUUCGAGUCGAUGGUCUUGAUCCUUGGCACCUGUGCCAUCAUCGGUGUCAAGGGAAGCCCCGUGCCACACUUCAAUGCGGGCUUGCCCUUUUGGAUCAUUGCCUCCGGCAAGGUGGGCUGCUCCCUGGUGGCCUACUUUGUGCACGUCCACGAGCGCUUCACGGCGCGGCGCAUCCGCUGGAGCUUGCGGGCGAACCUGCUUUUGGUCAUCGGACUGGUGCAGCUGGUGCAAGUCUUGGUGAGCUUCCAGGAAUAUCUGGCGGGCACGAUCAGCUUUGAGAGAUUCGGCCACUUCUGUGUCAUCUCGCUGAUGGGCCAGGUGAUCCCGGAGGUGUGCGUUCUUCUUGGUGAGUUUUUCACCUCCACGGACUACUCGCCGGUGCGGUCUUUGGCGAUGAAUGCCGACCUGGGCAUCGUGCAAGUGGUGCUCCAAGGCUUUGGCCAGGGCUUCUUCUCGACAGGCCUUCCAGCCGUCGUUAUCAUCACAUGUGUGGUGGCCACUUGGCGCUUGGAGCAGCACUACGGUUUGGCAUUGCUGAGUGCUUCCUCCGUCAGUGGAACGGGUUUCCAAGGGGGCAUUGCAUCCUUUGGGGCCAUUGCCACCAAUGCCCACAAGAUCAUCCACUUGACGACGUACCAUCCGAUGAGCCGGCACCGUGCGAACAUUUGUGCUGCGCUCGGUGACACCACUGCCCAUGCUGGCAACACCAUCUCUGCUGUGAAUGCCUUCAGUGCCGUGUUCAAUAUUGCCCUCACCUUGCUUGCACAAGCUUACACCGAGCUUGACAUCAACUAUAUGAACGUCACUGGCUCGAUCUUGUCCAGCUACAGUCAAGCCGGCCUGGUCCUGGGUGUUGUAAUGACCUUUGCCUUUGCUGCGAACACCAUGAUCAGCUGCCUGCAGACAGCGCAAGCCUUUGCAAAGUACGUGGCGCAAUACGAGAUUGGGAAGAUUGCACAGCUGCCGUUCCCACAGUCGCAUGUGAGACCUUUGAAGAAGCUGGCAUCCUUUGGUACGAUCACAUCGAUGCGCAUGACGAUCUCACCCAUCAUCAACUCCUUAGCCUGUCCCAUGAUCGGUGGCUUCUUCCUCGGCGUGAAAGGUCUUCUUUUCAUGAUCUCGGGUUCCAAUGUGCUAGUACUCUGCCUCAGCAUUUUCCUCAUCAACUCUGGGCAAUCAUGGGUGGCGGCAAGGAAAUUUGUCCUCUUCGGCCUUCUCCGAGACAAAGACGGCAACGUCAUAGGUCCGGACUCGCCGCACUAUGCGAACCUGGGCAUCGGCGAGACGAUCGGGGGGCCUUUUGAGGACACCACCGGGCCGGCCAUGAACAACUUCAUCAAGUUUGUGGCCGUCUUCGCCUUCGUGACUGGCGGGCCCGGCAGGCUGUAUGAUGAGCUUCCCACCAAUACCUGGCCCUUUGGGUUUGCGUCUGUGGUGGGCUCACUGUCCUUGGUCUUCUUCUCGCGGGUUGGACUAGACCUACUUCUGAAGGGCCUGGGGUCAUUCCUACAGCGGCGGAAGAAGAUGCAAGCCUACGAGGAGGGUGAAGAGCCUCCGCCAGAGGAGAAGGAUGAAUUUGAGGAUUUGUAGUGGCCACUGCGCCGAAAUGAUUCUUCUGGUCGUGUUUCACUCCAGCAUGCUGAAAUACAGCAGGUUGAGGUAGAAGAGGGUGCAAAAGGUCACCAUGCAAAAAGAAGUGCGUGA